GAUUCUCUGCCGAGGACAAGGACUCGAAGCCCCCAUAUAAAACCGCCCCCGUCGCGACUUGGCGUUGAGGCGUCUAUCCACACCGCAGAUCCUUUCCUUUCGGUUUACAAGAUGAAGAUGAAGCUCUUUCUUCUUUUUGUAGCCGCCAUCCUUUUGUUCCAGGCUUUUGCAGAGGCUUCGUCGGCAACUGAUGCCAGCCGUGCUGUCGCUAGUAUGAACGGAGGAGGGAGUGAAAGUACCAACAUCGACAAACAACAUCAACAUCAUCCUCGCAAGAUCAACUGCAGCUACGCGUGCGCGAGGAGAUGCAGCAAGUCGUCACGCAAGAAUGUGUGCCACAGAGCGUGCAAGACAUGCUGCGCGAGGUGCCACUGCGUGCCCCCGGGACAUGGCAACAAGAACGCCUGCCCGUGCUAUGCCAGGCUCAAGACCCACGGAAACAGACCCAAAUGCCCUUGAGAUAGCAGCUCUCAACGUGUUUGUUCUUGGUUCUUACCCAAUUUAAUAUACGUGCUGUGUAAUAAUGUGAGUUGAGCUCUCCCUGAUUUGUAGAGUGCUUUUGUUUUGCUGUGAAUUGUCUUCUAUUUGAUUGAUGAUGCCAUCAAUAAUCAAAAUCGUCCUUCUUUUCAUUCCUUGUGCUGUACUAUAUGGCCCAUUGAUGCUUCCCCCGGUUUAGAAACAUGUUUUACAUAUAUAUUGAUGAGAUUACUCA